AUGCCGGAAAUCGCUGUUGGCGCACAAAUCUUCGACUUGGUUUUCCAUCCCACACAAUCAAUUGUGUACUCUGCGCUACUUUCUGGCCAAGUAAAGGCGUUCAAAUAUGGCGUCAAUUCACACGAAGAGGCUUUCACACUUCGACCGUCGAAAAAAUCAUGUCGAGCAUUGACUCUCACUGAGGACGGCACAAAGCUUUACGCUGCAGGCAAAUCGAAGGCUAUACACACAAUUGACACUGCUUCUGGUCAGCUAGCUGAGACUCGAGCCACAGCGCAUGAAGAUCCUAUAAAUCGCAUCAAGCACGUUAUGCCAUGGCUUAUAGCAAGCGGUGACGAUUCAGGCGUUAUCAAGCUAUGGGACCCUCGGCAACCCACCGAAAUUCGUACCCAUAAACAGCAUUUCGAUUAUAUAUCGGAUUUUUUGUGGCUACCGGACAAGCACCAUCUGCUCGCGACAAGUGGGGAUGGUACGCUCUCGGUCAUGGAUGUUCGCUCGAAAAAGUCCACACCGUUUGCCCAAUCAGAGGACCAGGAGGACGAGCUUCUAGCGGCUACGACUAUUCGAGGCGGGACGAAAAUUGUCGUGGGCACACAACUCGGAAUUCUUUCCAUAUUCAACCGCUCAAGCGGGUAUGGUGAUUGCGUAGAUCGCGUUCCGGGGCAUCCCUCUUCGAUAGAUGCUCUCUGCUCACUUCCUCCCGCUUUCAUCGCCUCUUCUUCGAGUCCUGGCAUGGAAAACACCGUCCUUACUGGGUCGUCUGAUGGUCUAGUUCGCGCAGUCCAAGUGCUGCCCACCAAAUUGGUUGGCGUCGUUGCAGAUCAUGGAGAACUCCCUGUUGAGCGGCUCGCAGUUGGAGGGGGAGGGACAGAUAGCGACACAGCCCAUGAGGAGAUCAAAACGGCCAAUGCUUCAAGAGUUGGCAAGAGCAGAAACAAGAACGAUGAAGAGGACAGUGACGACGAAAGCGAGAACUUGAAAACAACGCCAGGCCGAUGGUGGUUGGGUAGUGCUGGUCACGACGAAGUACUGCGACUUACUGACCUCGAGAACUUCUUCCGCGAUCCUGGCGCGGUCAAUAUCGAGAACGUGAGUGAGGAAGGAGACUCAGACGCGGACGCAGACGCAGACAGUGACGAGGAAGGGGUAGAGGAUACUCAAGAAGCAAAGUCAGAGAGUUCGGACAGUGACGAGUCAGAUACGGAAACUGCUCCACGCAAACGUAAACGCAAACAACCUAAAGACGUUCUGGAGCCAGAGACUAGACGUAAGAAGGGCCGCAACGAACUCGAUGUUCAAGGCACAUUCUUUGACGACCUGUAG